CUACACACAAUACGUACAACGUACGUCAGCACAAUACUCUCUCAGUAGCAUGUGCAAAAUUCCAUUUCAACUUUGCCUCGAGGUCUCGCGUUUUGUUCACUUACGUUUUAACGUUACGUUAGCUUCAUGCUUCAGUAUCUUGUUCGCCGGCUUACAGAUAACACGCGCUUCUAUUCCCGCACUUUUAUAAUUAAUUAUUUAAUUUUAUUUAUUAAAUAAAAAUUAAAAAAAAAUAUCUUUUGUGUUUAACAAUCGUGUGUUAUCUUCUCUAUAAUUAUUUACAAGAAAAAUUAUUUAAAAAUUAAUAUAUUGUUUACUUUUAAGAUAUCAGUGAACUUGAAAAAAAUAAAUUAUUGAAGAUAAAAUUAUUGAAGAGUUUUAAAGAGAAAAAAAUAAGAAGAGACAGAGAACGUGGAAGAGAAUAAAGAAAAAAUGAGAGCAAAAAGUCAGCCUUGAACUGAAAAAAGGAUUUUUUUCACAGAGAAAGCUAUUUAAUAGACUUAGAAAUAAUCGAAAAAGUUACGUGUGAUACUUAAAAGUUCUUUACGUAAUAGCAUUAUAAUUAGUGGAUGAUCGUCACGGGAUGUUUUGUGAUUUGAAACCGGCACUUUAGUGUCUUCAUAUCAAUCUCAUUCAAAUGGAUAUUACUAAUAUUUAUUAUUAAAUGUAAUUUAUUGAACGAUUGAAAAAUUUUUAAAAUGAAUUUUAUUAUUGCUUUAUUAUCUUCUUUACUUGUUGUCCACGGAAUUCCGGCGAACAAAAGAGAUGACAUUCCACAUGACUCUAAAAUAUUCAUCCAAGAGGUAGAAGACAGAUCUGGUGACUCAGAAAGACUGCGCAGAAAUCCCACAGACCUUCCAGUAGUUUCUACUCCAACAACUGUUACUAUGACAACGGAGCAGGAGAAUCUCGUGAUGCCGAAAACCGUUAAAGCCUUCGAAGCUAAUGACAUGGAAGAGUCUGUUGUUCAUCCUACAGACCAAGAUGAUGAUGACAACCGCACUGACAACAUUAAUCAUUACCGCAAAGUGCCUGUUGAAGAUGAGACCUUUGGAGGCGAUUUUGAGCAGCAUUCCGCUCUGAAAAUUUCUAAGGAAAAAUUAAACACCAGACCAGAGAAAGAUAAUUCACCUCAGAAAAUUAUUAAAGGCACGACGGACUUACCGGUUGAAGAAAAAAUUACUCCAAACAUUGUCAGCUCGACUUACGCCGAGACAAAUCAAGUAAGCGUCAGUGUAUUUAAUUCAACAAAAGCUCCAAUAAAUUUCCUGGUUGGCUCUAAUGAACCACUGACCCUUGAAAGUCGGCAAGAAAUAGUCGAAAGGAGUGAAAAUUUAUUAGCGCGUAUUAAGAAUGGUGAAUUACCUGACAGAAGUAUGCCUUCAGGUUUAAUUGCACUUGUCAGUGCAGUUGGAGUUGCAACAAUUACUGUGAUGGCAUAUGUCGGGUUAAUAGUAUGGCGAAGAUAUCAAGAAUAUCGACAUGGGAAUCGAGAGCUUCUUGUCAAUGAUUUCGAUGGAAAUGACAUCAGUAAUUUUGAGCUAUGAUUAUAAAUAGUUUACUAUAAAUAAGUACAUGAGUCUGUGAUAAAAGGACACAGGGUGUCGCAAUUUUUUGCGAAGUUUAGAAUUAAUUGAACUUUUUUUAUUUUAAUCAAGUACUUGUAUACAUGAUGGCUCACUAUUCAAUAUGAUUAUCACGCUGUUAGUGUAUUUUUAAUAUUUAAUUAUUUAAUAAGUAAAUGUACAUUGUACAUAAACUAGACACUUAAUAAAUUAAUUAGCUUGUGCUUUUCUUUUUUUAA